CUGGAGAGCGCUGGCGCGAAGGGGACUGGGGGGCUCGGGCUGGGGGCGCGGCCUGCGCGGGCCGCCCCACCCUUCUCGCAUAAAAGGCCGAGCCCGCUGGGCGGGCGCUCUCAGCCGCCUGGUUCCCGAGCACGUUCCCGGUGACCCCGCAGUGGGUGUGUAGGGGGACGGACAGACUGACCAGACGCCGACCGGGGCCAGAAGAAGCGAGCCGGCACCAUGCGCGAGAUCGUGCACAUCCAGGCGGGCCAGUGCGGCAACCAGAUAGGCGCCAAGUUUUGGGAAGUCAUCAGCGAUGAGCAUGGGAUCGACCCCACUGGCAGUUACCAUGGAGACAGUGACCUGCAGCUGGAGAGAAUCAACGUGUACUACAACGAAGCCACUGGUAACAAAUACGUGCCUCGGGCCAUCCUGGUGGACCUGGAGCCGGGCACCAUGGACUCGGUCAGGUCUGGACCCUUCGGCCAGAUCUUCAGGCCCGACAACUUUGUGUUUGGCCAGAGCGGUGCCGGGAACAACUGGGCCAAGGGCCACUACACAGAGGGCGCCGAGCUGGUGGACUCGGUCCUGGAUGUGGUGAGGAAGGAGUCCGAGAGCUGUGACUGUCUGCAGGGCUUCCAGCUGACCCACUCGCUGGGGGGCGGCACGGGGUCCGGGAUGGGCACCCUCCUCAUCAGCAAGAUCCGCGAGGAGUACCCCGACCGCAUCAUGAACACCUUCAGCGUGAUGCCCUCGCCCAAAGUGUCGGACACGGUGGUCGAGCCCUACAACGCCACCCUCUCCGUGCACCAGCUGGUGGAGAACACGGACGAGACCUACUGCAUCGACAACGAGGCCCUCUAUGACAUCUGCUUCCGCACCCUGAAACUGACCACACCUACUUACGGGGACCUGAACCACCUGGUGUCGGCCACCAUGAGCGGGGUCACCACGUGCCUGCGCUUCCCGGGCCAGCUCAACGCCGACCUGCGCAAGCUGGCCGUGAACAUGGUGCCCUUCCCGCGCCUGCACUUCUUCAUGCCCGGCUUCGCGCCGCUGACCAGCCGGGGCAGCCAGCAGUACCGGGCGCUGACGGUGCCCGAGCUCACCCAGCAGAUGUUCGACUCCAAGAACAUGAUGGCCGCCUGCGACCCGCGCCACGGCCGCUACCUGACCGUGGCCGCCAUCUUCCGGGGCCGCAUGUCCAUGAAGGAGGUGGACGAGCAGAUGCUCAACGUGCAGAACAAGAACAGCAGCUACUUCGUGGAGUGGAUCCCCAACAACGUGAAGACGGCCGUGUGCGACAUCCCGCCACGCGGCCUCAAGAUGUCGGCCACCUUCAUCGGCAACAGCACGGCCAUCCAGGAGCUGUUCAAGCGCAUCUCGGAGCAGUUCACGGCCAUGUUCCGGCGCAAGGCCUUCCUGCACUGGUACACGGGCGAGGGCAUGGACGAGAUGGAGUUCACCGAGGCCGAGAGCAACAUGAACGACCUGGUGUCCGAGUACCAGCAGUACCAGGACGCCACGGCCGACGAGCAGGGCGAGUUCGAGGAGGAGGAGGGCGAGGACGAGGCCUGAGCCCUGGGCGCGCGGCGGGAGGCAGAGGCCGGGUAGGGAGGCCGGGAGGAGAGCGGGGGGAGGGGGCUCGCGGAAGGAGAGAAGCAUGGGCUGGGGUCCCUCCGGGUGGGCACCGGUUCUCUGGUGCUCUUUACUGUUGCCCGUCCCUUUUUUUUUUUCUUUUUGUAAUAUUGAUGACGUCCAUGUAACAUGUGAGAUCUUUCGGAACUACUGUUGUAAUGGCUAAAAUCACAUAAACGUUUGUGUCCUAA